AUGUGUUUGCUUUCUCGGUCUUUUCAAACGUCUCACUUUUUUCUAUACGUCUUCCUUUCAGUAGAAAAGCUUUCUCAACGUUUAUUUUCUUCAUUUACUUUUAUCUAUCAUCUCUCUGCCUGUCUCUCUUUUUACCUCUUUCGCACGCUCUCGCUUUAUGUCUACUCUCUUUUUUGUUUAGUUCUUUUUCUUUCUCAUGCUAACAGUCAUUCGCUUUCUUUCAUUGUUUUGUUUUCUCUCUCUUUCUCUUUCUCUCUCUCUCUCUCUCUCUCUCUCUCUUUCUCGCUUUCACAGUCAGUCUAUCCUCUUCUUUGCUUUCUUUUUUUGUCUUCUCUCUUUCUCUCCCACAGUCAAUCACUCUAUCGUUUCUUUUCUUCUCUCGCUUUCUCUCUCACAGUCAAUAACUUUUCUUUCUUUUGUUCUCUCUCUCUCUCCCUCUCUCUCUCUUUCUUUCUGUUUCUUUCACAUUUAGUCACUUUUUUCUUUAACAUGCUCUUCCCUUUUCUUUCCUAUCUUCUCUUAAUAUUUUUUCCUUCUUAUUUUUUUCUAAAUCUCUCUGGCCGUCUUUUCCUCAUGCCCCCAAAUCUUAUUUAUACUGACCUUCCUGAAGACAACACCUACGCAUUUAUUUCUGGCCACCCCCAAAAACACCCCCUCUUCUCGAUCACCUAUCUUUCCAUCUUCCCCGACUCAUUUUCCUAUAUUCGCUGCUGGCUAGCUUCUAGCUUCUUCCUCUCGUCCAUUCUUGCUCUCCAUCGUCUUCGGCUGAUCUUUCUCGCGAACAUGUUGGUGUGUCGAGACUUCUUCUCCGGUCCCGACAACUCUCUUAUAUCCGGGUUACACUGUACUUCUUACUUGUUCUCUAUCUUUCUCUCUUUUACGGCCAACCUCUCUUUUUCUUUAAUUAGCUCGCUCUCUCUCUCUCUUUCUCUCUCUCUCUCUCUCUCUAUCAAUGUCUAA